CUUCCUUCCUUCCCCAUCUGAGACCACGGCGGACGGGCGGAGGCGAAUGCGACGGCAGCCCUUCUUCCUGAUCUCUCAAGUUUGGUCGCUAUUGAGGGGACCCCGGUGUUGAGGCUGCGUUCUCUGUCUUGGAUUUCACAAUGGCAGCCGGAGGGGCUACUGUCAUGGCCGUCCACAACACGAGUAAAUGGAGGCGACGGCCAUCAGCAUUGGCAAGUCCGUGUUGAGUGGGGCACUCAACUACGCCCAAUCAGCUGUGGCCGAGGAGGUGGCUCUGCAGCUCGGUGUCCAGCGAGACCACUCCUUCAUUUCAGACGAGCUCGAGAUGAUGCGGUGUUUCCUGAUGGCUGCACAUGACGAGCGGGACGACAGCAUGGUGGUGAAGAUCUGGGUGAAGCAAGUCCGCGAUGUGUCCUAUGUUGUCGAGGACUGCCUCAUGGAUUUUGCUCAUACCAUCUCCAGUGCUGCAAUGAAUGCCGCUGAUUAUGCAAGGCUGCUGCGUCAGAAAGCAAAAAUGGAUCUCGUCGAGUUGAUCAAUUGCAAGGAUGGCACACUACGAGUCAUAGCGUUGUGGAGCACAUGUAGUAGUGAUCCAGGGGAGAUAUCCAUCAUCAGAAGUGCUUAUGAAGAUCCCAUUAUACACAAGAAUUUCGAUUGCUUUGCUUGGGUCACAUUGAUGCGUCCCUCCAAUGAGACAGAUUUCAUUCGAAGUAUUCUUAGACAAAUCUAUGUUAAUUCUCUUCAAGAGACAGGACAAGAAGGAAAAACAUUUAUUGGGUCCACAGUUUUGAAGAUGAUGAUGACAACGAAAGAAGAUGGUUUGGCUCAUGAGUUCAAGAGAUAUUUGAACGACAAGAGUUACCUAGUUGUACUCAAUGAAAUACACACCAUUGAAGAGUGGGAUUGCAUUAAAACAUGUUUCCCAAACAACAAGAAAGGAAGCCGAAUCAUAGUAUCCACUGCGCAAGUUGAAGUUGCAAGUUUAUGCAUAGGAGCAGAGGAUGAAGCUCUAGUGCAUAAGAAGUUAUCUGCUGAUCAGUCUCUUUAUGCUUUCUACAGUGAGAUUUCUCAGGAGGGAAGGAAUUCAGCGCAAACAGGGUCCACCUCAUAUGUAGUUUCUACUGGUGUUAACAGCUCUGCACACAAGAACAUCCCCAUGUGCAUGGAAACAAUGGAUAUUCUAGAGGAAUCUCGUCUCAUCGGGAGAGGAAAUGAAAAAGAGGAAAUCCUUAAACUAAUCUUGAACAGAGAGCUCCAGCAAUUUCAUGCGAUCUCCUUGUGGGGAAUGGGUGGUAUUGGAAAAACAACACUAGUGAGAGAUAUCUAUCAAAGCCAAGAGAUUAGUAGCAUGUUUGAUAAGCGAGCUUGUGUCACAGUCAUGCGUCCUUUCAGUUUAGCAACACUCCUCGAGAGCUUAACUAUGCAAGUCAGAGACAAAAAUGAAGAUGAAAAUAAGACGGAUUUAAGGAGUUGUUUAGAAGGAAAGCGAUAUUUGCUUGUUCUUGAUGAUCUGUGGUCCAGAGUAGAGUGGGAUGCUAUAAAAGAGUAUUUGCCAGAAACUGCAGCAAGCUGCAUAAUAGUCACAACAAGGGAAGAGAAUAUUGCAAAGCACUGCUCAAAGGAGGACAGAAACAUAUACAAGCUCAACCAUCUGGAUCCUGAUGAUGCAUAUACCCUCUUCACCAAAAAGGUAUUUAUGAAGACCGUGAAUUUGGAUGCGCAAUAUCCAGAGUUGGUUGAACAAGCAAAACUGAUAUUGAAGAAAUGCGGAGGGCUUCCCCUAGCACUAGUCACCAUAGGUGGCUUCUUGGCAAACCAACCAAAAACUGCUUUUGAAUGGAGAAAAUUGAAUGAGCAUAUUAGUGCUGAGUUGGAGAUGAAUCCAGAACUUGAGACCAUAAAAGCAGUCCUUAUGAAAAGCUAUGAUGGUUUACCCUAUCACCUCAAGGCUUGUUUCUUAUAUCUGGCCAUCUUUCCUGAAGACUACAAGAUUGCACGAAAACGCUUAGUGCGUCGGUGGAUUGCAGAGGGUUACUCAAGUGAGAUUCAUGACAAGUCUAUGGAGGAAGUAUUGGACCAUUACUUCAUGGAACUCAUAAGCAGGAGCAUGAUCCUGCCAUCUCAGCAAUCGGUAUAUAGUAGGAAAGAAAUUGACUCCUGCCAUGUCCAUGAUCUCAUUCGUGAAAUUGUCAUCUCGAAGUCUAUGGAGGAAAGUCUUGUUUUCACAUUGAAGGAAGGUUGCAACUUAAAUAACCAAGGCACAGGUGACCAGUGUGAGUUUGAGAAUAUUGUAGACUUGUCACAUGUACGAUCAUUGACAGUGUUUGGAAAUUGGAGGCCAUUUUACAUUUCUGAUAAGAUGAUGUUGUUACGAGUGCUGGAUUUAGAAGGAAAUUGGGGCCUACUUGAUCAUCAUCUUGAGCGCAUUGGGAAGCUUGUACAUCUUAGAUAUCUUUCUCUAAGGGGACAAGUUGAUAUAUGUCAGCUACCAAAUUCAUUGGGGAACCUGAGACAACUCCAAACACUAGAUAUUUCAGGUACGAGCAUAAGAAAGCUACCAAGGACCAUCAUGAAGCUAGUGAAGAUGCAACACAUUCUUGGACCGGGUCAUUUUGAAGCACUGAAAGAUAUACAAAAUCUUACGCGGUUGCGCAAGUUAGGAGUGACUGGUAUCAAUAAGAGGAACGGUCAAGAGUUGUGCUCAGCAAUAGCUCAUCUCAGCUGCCUUGAAUCAUUGUCAUUGCACUCACGGAUAGUGACAGGUUUCUUAGAUUGCUUGGAUGGCCUGUCCUCACCUCCAGAAAACCUACAGAGCCUCAAGUUGUACGGCUACCUUGCUGAGCUACCGCAGUGGACCCAGGGGUUAAGAAAACUCGUGAAUCUGAAGCUAGAGAACUCGAGGAUAUGGGGACAUUAUACGGCCAUACAAAUUCUUGGUAAUCUACCAAACUUGGUCACCCUACGUCUAUUGUCUAACUCGUUCUUUGGUGAAGAGGUCCAUUUAAGUUUCCGUCGGGAGGCAUUCCCGAGCCUGAAGGUGCUGCAGCUGCAUUGUAUACAAAAGCUCAAAUCGGUGGAAUUUGAAGAAGGGGUGGCUCCUAAGCUUGAGGUGCUGCAGUAUUCUGCUGGGUGGCGUCCCAGUGUUGGGUUGUUCUCUGGGUUACCAUAUCUCCCAAGCCUCAAACAAUUUAUGCUGAAUAGGAAGGACUGGAAGACCUCUGAGUUGGUGGAGUACUUGCUAGGCCAGCUCGCAGGCAAUAAAAACACGCCCGUUUUAAAGAGUUGGGACUGGAAUCAGAAGCGGAAGUACUAG